GUGCAUUCGAAAUGAUUAUCCAAGCCGGUAAAUUCCAAGCGCCCUUAUUUGGACCAAAUCUCCAGAUUUUGAAGUAUUUCGGUAUUUUACCUAAUAUGAAUUUUCAAACAAACCGAUUACAAGGCAGGAAAUUCAGCUUGUUCUAUGUAAUUUUUUUAUUGACUGUAAUCGUCCUAAUGGAAAUAUACAUCUGGGUGCAUAAGUUUUAUAUGGAUUAUUCUACGGAAAGUUAUUUACCAGUGAUCGUACGAGUGCUAUGUGAGCUGACCGGCUUCAGUAUGUUUGUUUGCGUAGUUACAUGGUCAUAUACCAAGCAAAAGCUCUGGGAGAAGUUGUUCCAAGAUAUAACUUCCAUAUACAUCCAACAGAUUAUGAGGGAGACGCAAGAACGGAAGAAAAGUGUUUUGAGGAAAGCAAACUUAUACUUCGUUCUCAUCUCUUUCCUAAUUUUGCUCUUGUACUGUUUGGACAUCAUUUUCUUCAGGAUCGAAUACCAGUCCAUUAAUUUCAUUCUAUCCUACGUAUAUUUUUACUACAAUUUCUUACUGUCCAAUGUCAUCGGCCACAUUGCAUCCGAAAUAUCCUCUCAGUACAAAUACAUGACAAACGCUGUAGCUGCCAGCGAGUAUACAAAUGAGCAAGAUUGCAAAAAAAUGUUGUCUGAAACCCGGAAAUUGUACACAGAAAUGCACAAAGUGAUUGAGACAUUUAAUACGCUUUUUGGAUACGUAUUGCUGCUAAUGGCAGUUCAGUGUUCUUUGCAAAUAUUGGAUUUUGGCGUGUUUUUAAUCGAAAUGGUUUUGCCGAAUUUUAAAUUCGAGUAUGAUGCCUUUUUCAUCUAUAUGGGCUUUAUUUUACUGGACCUGAUUUGGCUUUCUGUGGCUCAAUCUCGGUGCGAAAUGGCGAAAGACGAAUCAAUGAAACUGCGCUCUGCCUGUUAUAAUCUUUUGGACAAUUCAAGUGGUUCCGGCGAUCUUCAUCAAGAGCUGAAAGCCUUAAUCAAGCAAAUCAAGAACAGGCCUGUCCGGUUUACAGCAGCUGAUUUUUUCGAGAUAAAGCGAUCAACUACUUUUACUAUUGUGGGAGCGACUGCAACAUAUUUUAUCGUUUAUGUGGAGCUGAGAAGUAAUGAAAAUACCACAUGGAAUAAUGGCACUUUAUAAGACUGAAAAAGCAUUAUUAAUUAAAUAUUUACAAUUGCUUCCACCCAAGUACAAUUUGCUAUUUCAUUUCUUACUAAGAGCUGGCCAUAUAAUUUUUAGUUUUUGUCUCUGGCUUUUAAAUAGGGCUUUUAAAAAAUCUAUUGCUGUUGAAAAAAAUAAUCAAACACAUGCAAACAUAAAUAUUCGAGAAUAGGAAGUUCCUCGCACUUACAACAAUGCGACAAUAAACAUUUUUCUUCAAACGUUGAGUUUUUAAAUGAAAAAAAAAGUAUGGAAAGGGCAGAGCUUUCUAGUUUGAUGGCGUUAAGAGCAAAAAAUAUACUUCACUUAGGAUAUAUUAUUUUGUACGCUUGCUGUCCAUAUAUUUGCUCUAAUGCACUUGUCCAGUUGAUUAAUGCAAUAAUUUUCUACCAUUCACUUUUUACUUUAGACAAGCGAAUAAAAAAAACCGAUCUAAAUUGUUUUUGCAUCAUGAGAUUGAGCACAGAGCACAAAUAAAAUAUUUCA